AUGUAUCGCCAACCCUUUCACGUUUUCUUGCAGUUGCUUGUCUAACAUGACCGUCUAAGAGAGUUUUACAUACGUUCUUUCACGUCCGUUAGGAAGCCCACUGCAUACGCACCAAUUCUUUCGUUUUCUUUAUAAUAUUCCGAUAAAGACGUUGUUAAAUCAACCCCAAACGCUGUCAACUGCUGAAUAGCAAACUCACAUUGAAAAUAGCACUUGCAUCUUCCGCUGAUGGUAGGUUUCGUUUCGCCACGAGAGAUCUAUACCCUGUAAGGACAUCUUACGUCCAUUCGGCUAAGUUAGAGAAGCCAGAAUGGCAGCCAACAGUCUACCUCCAGAUAUCCGGGUAGGAUUUUUGGGUGCGGGAAAGAUGGCACAAGCACUCGCGAGCGGCUUUGUUAAGACAGGACUCGUAAAAGCGUGCAACGUUACAGCCAGCCGCCGACACCCUGAGGCUCCGAAUAUUCUCAAGGACAUGGGUGUCAUGGUAACAGGGGACAACAAGGAGGUUGUCAGACGCAGCAACUUGGUCUUCAUUGCUGUUAAGCCAUACAUGGUGGCCCCCGUGUUAAAAGAAGUAGCAGAAACUGUCACAGCCGAUAAACUGAUAAUUUCCAUAGCCGCUGGGAUCACCAUGGAUACCUUAGAGAAGGAGUUACCCACGGGGACUCGACUCAUACGGGUUGUUCCAAAUCUACCCGCCCUUGUAGGCCAGGGGGCGGCGGUGUUGUCGCGGGGAAUAACUGCACAGGAGGAGGAUGUGGCAUUGGUGAUGACGUUGGUGAGAAGCGUAGGUCAGUGCGAGGAAGUACCAGAAAGUCUACAAGACUGUGCAACCGGAGUCAGCGGCAGCGGCCCAGCAUACGCAUUUACAGCUAUCGAGGCCCUUGCAGACGGAGGGGUGAAGAUGGGGCUCCCCAGAGACCUGGCCAUGAAACUUGCAGCACAGACCAUGUUGGGAGCUGCCAAGAUGGUUCUCGAGUCUGGAAAACAUCCUGGUCAACUGAAAGAUGAAGUCUGUUCCCCUGGGGGAACCACCAUUGCUGCCAUGCAUAAACUAGAGAAGGCUGGGUUCAGGGGGGCUUUGAUAGACGCAGUGGAAGCGGCAACACUACGAGCUAGAGAGCUUGGACAGAAGAAGUGAACAGUGUAAUGUUUCAGGAACUCAACUACUAUGAUAAACGAAAAUUACAAUGACGAGGUGUCCAGGGCUUGUUACGAAGGCCUUCUCUCCAAGCAUAUUUGCGGCAGGACACAACUGGGUGGUUUUAGAAACCAGUUUGUGAAUUUGUUAAGUGCAUAAGGUUCAAUAUACUACUGCCCUGUAUGGGACCACUCAUGACAUGUAUAGCCAUUUAAACAAUAGCCAUUUGAACUAAAUGCUAAAAUUUGAAUUUCUGUUAAUUUUGGUAAAUCGGGAUGAUACAAAUAUAAUAAGUUUUCAUCUCAAUUUGAUAUUCAGUUGUUUAUGAUACAAUAAUGAUACGUUUCCAUUAGAUAUUUAUUGUUUAUGUAUUUAUUGUGUAUGGUAAGAGCUCUGUGAAGAAGUGUACACUGAAGAGGUCCCAGUGUGGAUUACGCUUAGUGCUGUAGAAAUGACAACCCGACCACAUAGCAUUCAUUGGGUCUCUGAACUGUCAAUGUUUUUACAAAAGAUUGGACUACCGGUGGUAACGAUAUAUUAAUUCGUGUUGAAAGCGAAGGCUGAGAAAGGUACAUGAACAAAUGGAAACAAAUGUGGUGCUACACGAUUGCGGGCGUUUUACUGCAUGGGGAAGCUCUUUGACGUGGCGGGAGUGUAGACUUGAUAGAAGAAUCUCAGAUAUAUAUAGUUGAAUCACAUCUUUAUAUCAUUCUCGCAUUCCGUGUUACACUUUAUUGUGACUGUGUAUAUUAGCAUAAUAAAUAUUUUAUGAGCGAUU